CUGUGUUAGGAUGUUUUUCCCUCGGACCCUCUGUGUUAGGAUGUUUUUCCCUCUGACCCUCUGUGUUAGGAUGUUUUUCCCUCGUACCCUCUGUGUUAGGAUGUUUUUCCCUCGUACCCUCUGUGUUAGGAUGUUUUUCCCUCGUACCCCUGUUAGGAUGUUUUUCCCUCGAACCCCCUGUUAGGAUGUUUUUCCCUCAGACCAGUGUCUUUUCUCCAGUGUGUACCGUACCUCAUCGCCAUGGGAACGGACCCCGAGCCCAGUAUGAGAAACAAAGCGGACCAGCAGUUGGUGGAGAUCGACAAGAAGUACACCGGAUUCAUUCACAUGAAGGCAGUGGCUGGGAUGAAGAUGUCCUACCAGGUGCAGCAGGCCAUCAUGGCGUCCCGCAAGAGCAUCAUCCGAGGCUUCCGGCAUGACGAGACCACCUCGGCCCUCUGCGCCCACCUCUUCUCCAUGGUCCGAGGGAACCGGCAGCACCGGCGAGCCUUCCUCAUCUCCCUGCUCAACCUGUUUGACGACAGCUCCAAGACUGACGUGAACAUGCUGCUGUUCAUAGCCGACAACCUGGCCUGUUUCCCCUACCAGAGCCAGGAGGAACCCCUCUUCAUUAUGCACCACAUAGACAUCACACUGUCUGUGUCCGGCAGCAACCUGCUGCAGACCUUCAAAGAGUCUCUGUUGAAGGAGCCGCGGCGCCGCGAGCCCAAAGUUAAAAAGGAGCGCCAGUCAAAGAACGGCUCUGGCGGGGAGGAGGACGAGGAGAUCUGUGACUCCCCUGGGAGCGAUGAAAACUCAAACCCUGAUGAUGAUGAUGAGGUGGUGCGGCGGCCUAAGAAGUCCAAGAGGCCGGUGGCUGUGGAGGAACCCAGCUCUGAGUCGGAUUUAGACCUGGAAGACCUGGACGUGGAAGAUGUGGACCGGGUGAUGCGGCGACUGCCUGAGAACUCCACGCCGCUCCUGGACUUUGCCAAUGCCUCGCAGGGCAUCCUGCUGCUCCUCGUGCUCAAACAGCACCUCAAGAACCUUUACAGCUUCUCAGACAGCAAAAUCCAGAAGUACUCACCGACUGAGUCGGCCAAAGUGUACGACAAGGCGGUGAACAGGAAGACCAACGUCCACUUCAAGCCCCGACAGACCAUCGACUUCCUGUCCAACAACUGGGCCAACGUGGUGUUCACUCACGAUAUCAAGACGAGGAUAGUCAAGCAGUACCUGGAUUUCAAAACCCUGAUGGAACACUUGGACCCAGAUGAGGAGGACGAGGAGGGCGAGGCAGCACAGGCCAGCACCAACAUCCGGAACAAAGCCAUAAACGCACUGCUUGGAGGGGCCGGCCACGGGCAUCUUGCACCAGUAGAGUACGAUGAGGAUGACGAGAGUGACGAAGAUGAGAGAAACCCUGGGUCCUCUCGGCGGGCGAGACGUUCAGGGGACCCCGGGAACCUCAACGAGAGUGUGGACUCUAUGGACGUCAUCGCCAUCCAUUGCCCCAAGCACAAGGACCGUCCGCAGCUCGCCCGGGUCAUCCAGAAGAUCAGCACAGGCUACAGCGUGCACUGGAUGUCCGGCUCCUACUCUGGCCCCUGGGCCGACGCCAAGAAACGGGACGGACGCAAAACGGUGCCUUGGGUGGACACUAUUAAGGAGUCUGACAUCAUUUACAAAAAAAUCGCCUUGACCAGUAACCACAAACUGAGUAACAAAGUGGCGCAGACUUUACGGUCACUGUACGCUGCCAAGGAGGGGACUUCCAGUUAAUGAACCCUGCAUUGAACCAAUUUCUACGAUCACAUCCACCCACCCACCGCCAAACCAGAGGGAAUGUUACUAAAACAUUGUUGGAGGCUCCUUCGCUGUUGUGCAGCAGAACCUAGUUGUUUCAUUUCUACUCCCACUGUAUUAUAGGUUUAACACAGAAAACUACAAAUGUUUAUAUCUCAGAAAAAAACAUCUGUAAAGGAAAAAAAAAUAGAAUAAAAUCUUACGUGAAUGUUGGAAAUUAGUCCUUUUGAUGGUCUUAUUAAAGUGUUUUUUGAAUUUAAACUAGUACCCGGUGGCUUUCUUUAGCUUAGAUAUUCUCUGAGAUCUGAUUUUUGUUUACUUUUAAUUGUCCAUGCUGUUAAAUGGCAGAGUCUUCUGGGUAUAAUUUAUUAUAUUUCAAGCCACGCAUGCAGUAUCUGUGGGCUACUUGCAGGAUGAUAUUUUGUAAAGGUAGAUUUUGUUGUAUAAGGUCACCCUAGUUGUAAGAGAACAAUGGGAUCCUAGUCCUUAUGGUGGAACAAAUACUGCAAUAAAUUUUCUACUUCUCUUUGUCA